GUGCGAAUUCAGCUAUUGUUCAUUACUGAAAACAACGUUGCCUGUCAGACAAAUGUCAACGCGAUACAAAAUCGACAGAGUGAGACCUGAGAGGGUCAACUCCAUGCGACUGCACGAAGCGUCGUUUCGUGAACGGCUCUAUGAUAAUCUCAUGCAAAUUGUGUAUGAGGAAUCCAUUUUGGGGAAGAUAUUCGAGCGCCUAGAAGCCAUCGCCAAACUGCAUCGGGUUCGAAUAUUAUAUGGCCUGCUCGGUUUUUGCGCCUACAUCAUCCUAAGGUUCCCAGUUGAAGCUUCCGAAGCAGUUUUGCGUACAAUCAUUGCCCUAGGCGCAUUCCGAUGUAUCGAACUCGAUGCCCCGAGGCAUUGCUCACCCUACUGGCUGAAAAUGGCUCUUGUAUACAGCCUAAUGACGCUUUUAUGCAAGAUGUUUGCCUAUACCUUCCAAAUACCAGAAGAGUACUGCCAGGUCGGAAAGAGUCUAUUCGUGGUGUGGGCCUGCACUGCGCCUUACGGUAACUUCGAACGGGUCUACCAAGGGCUACUGGGAAGUUGGUACAUGAUGCGCGUAUCCGUGUAGCCUGUCACGUUCAUUACAUACACCGCUGAUAUUUCGACGAAAUCAGCAUUAGAAGCUUGUCGCACUUUUCGUUUGAGAUUGACAGAAAGGAGAAGAGACUGUUUUCUCUUUAAAGUUUUCAUGUAAAUAAAUGAACGUCUAGCUAAAUAACAAAAUAAUUCAAUAAAUAAGAAUUGAUGUCUGCUUUUAC